AUGCACGAAAACAUUGAAGAUCAUGGUGCCGUUGGCCUUCUCAUUGAUGCCAAAGAUGUCGAGGCCGCGGUACUGCAGUGCCAGAAGGACACUGAUCUGGAAGGCGGUGAGGUCACGCCACAUGGCGUUAUUGACGAGCAGCCCCGUGCAGCCGAUGGACGGGCGGCGCAUGAGCGCCUUGGAAUCUUCUAUACAUUUAAGAUGUACAGGGCCUCGAAUUUCGUACCUGAUCCUAAUCAGGUGCUCCUGGAUGCCAAGCCAUUAAGGUCUUUAGCUCCAAUGUUCCCUGCCCCCAUGGGAGUCAAUGUUAAUCAAUCAAGUACACCACCAUUGGUCUGUGUCACUCCGGUUGGUCAAUUUCCAGCAGGGUUUGGUGCAGGGAACCUUCCUGCCUUUGGAUCGUUCACUACUUUCAGUGCCACUGCAAAUGGUGUUUCUUAUACAGGCACCAGUGCUAAUGGUGCCAUUGAUGCCACCCCUAUCUCUGCAUACAAGACAAGGUCAAGCAUAUCACUUGAUGGUGAUGGUGACCCUUACUCAGGUAACCAACCUUUGGCAUCUGAACGGAAGGCUAGGAGAGGUCGUCCUCCUGGUUCUGGUCGUGAUGGCUCAAAUGGUAAGGGGAGAUUGUGGAAGCAGUUCACAUGGCCUUUGAGGCACUCCGUGCCAAGACAUCUGCAGAUGGAUGAAACACAGGACGCUAGCAGACGUGCAGACUUGAAGGCUGGUGCCAUCAUGAUGGCCAGUAACAUCAGGGCGAAUACGGGCAAGAGGGUAGGAACUGUACCUGGAGUUGAAAUAGGGGAUAUUUUCUAUUUCAGGAUGGAGCUGUGUAUCAUUGGAUUGCAUGCACCUAGUAUGGGAGGCAUUGAUUACAUGACUACUAAAUUUGAAAAUGAUGAGGAUUCUGUAGCCAUAUGUAUCGUCUCUGCAGGAGGUUAUGAGAAUGAGGAUGAUGACACAGAUGUGCUGGUGUACAGUGGUCAAGGGGAAAUAGUAGGAAUACUGAAGAGAGGCAUGACCAGAAGCUUGAGAGGGGAUCCAUUUUGCCUAACUGGGAAAAUUUACAUAUAUGAUGGCCUCUACAUGAUUCAUGAGUCCUGGAAGGAGAAAACAAGGUCUGGUAUCCAUUGCUUCAAGUACAAGCUGCUGCGUGAACCUGGACAGCGUGAUGGAGCUGCAUUAUGGAAGAUGACUCAGAGAUGGAUAGAUAAUCCUGCUACCAGAGGCAGUGUUCUACUAGCUGAUCUGUCAUCUAAGGCUGAAACUGUGCCAGUUUGUCUUGUCAAUGAGGUAGACCAUGAGAAAGGACCUGGACAUUUCACCUAUACUAAUCAGGUCAAAUACUUGAGGCCUUUCAGUUCUAUGAAAAAGUUGCAGGGCUGUGGAUGCCAGAGUGUUUGCCUGCCUGGUGAUGCCAGUUGUGCUUGUGGACAACAUAAUGGAGGUGAUUUACCCUACAGUUCAUUAGGAUUGUUGUCAUGCCGCAAACCAAUGAUCUAUGAAUGUGGUGAAUCUUGCAACUGUUCUACAAAUUGCCGGAACAGAGUGACCCAAAAAGGGGCCAGGCUACAUUUUGAGGUCUUCAGGACCACCAAUCGAGGCUGGGGUCUUCGCUGCUGGGAACCUGUUCGUGCUGGUUCAUUUAUAUGUGAGUAUGCUGGCGAGGUGAUUGAUGAGCUCAAAGUUAAUUUGAAUGAUAGUGAAGAUGAUUACAUUUUUCAAACUGUAUGCCCUGGUGAGAAGACUUUAAAAUGGAACUGUGGACCUGAACUGAUAGGUGAAGAUAGCACGUAUGUAUCGGCUGAUGAAUUUGAGCCACUGCCUAUCAAGAUAAGUGCAAAAACCAUGGGAAAUGUCUCCCGUUUCAUGAACCACAGUUGCUCACCCAAUGUCUUCUGGCAACCAGUUCAAUAUGAUCAUGGAGAUGAUGGACACCCACAUAUAAUGUUCUUUGCACUGAAGCAUAUUCCACCCAUGACAGAACUGACUUAUGACUAUGGUGUUGCCGGAGCUGAAUCUAGUGGUUCAGGUUCUCGUAGAACGAAGAACUGCAUGUGUGGAUCACAAAACUGCCGGGGAUUAUUUUGA